AUGUCUCCCCCCACUGCGGCUUCUUCGCCCUUCUCCCACGCAGCCAGCCUCGCCCACUACGAAACCAAGAACUCGUUCGAGCUCAUGGUCAUGGCGAAGCUGCGUUGCAUUUCUGAUGCGGGUGAGAACCAGGAGAUUAUCGCGCGGCUGAUGGCGCAGGAUAGGGAGAAUGGGACGUGGCCUGGGAAGUACGAGGAGUCUGGGGCGGCUGCUGCGAUGAAGACUGAUGGAGUGGCUGAGAAGGAGGAUGGGGAAGAGGUGGUUGUGGUGCCGGUCGAGAGAGUCUUGGGGAAGGAAGAGAGGACGCCUGAGGCUGGAGUUGGGGGUGCGGGAAGGGCGGAUCACGUGCCUGUUGCGAUUGUCUCCGGAGAUAGACGCGCGAGGACUGCGACUGCCAGCACCACUGCGACUAGCACGAGGAGCAGAAGUCCGAUAAUCCCCCUGUCACAACUGGCACAAGAGUGGGAUCAGGAUUGGGGCGCACCUUUCGCUUUUCCCCUCGCCGCCACCACCGGCUCGAAACCCCAAGCGAAGCCCCAAGCCAAACCCGCAACUCCCACCGAGUCUGUCUCCAGUGGCUCAAAGUCACCCGCCACUCCCACCUCUCCCGUCUCGCAAACCUCUCCUGUCUCACAAGCUUCUCGCCCGUCCCUGGCAACUCCUGCCUCGUCCCCUCCAACCAUCCCGGCUUCGUUGAAGUCGAAUCCGUAUAACCUUCUCAUGAGCGAUGAGCAGGACGAUGAAGAAAAAGAGGACGAAGAAGAAGAAGAAGAGGAGGAAAGCGAGAACGAGGGGCUAAUCAUCCCCCUGAAGAUGUACACGGAGAAGGCCAGGGCUGCCGCCGAGUCUACAAGGGCUGAGGUCACGGAUGCGGCAACGUCCAGUAAGAAUACUGCCGCCGCUCCUACGGGGCAGCCUGAGAAUCUCCCGGCUCCCGAUUCGUUGGCCAGUUCCGAGCCGUCUGAGGUUAUGUCGGCGUCUGGGGGAGGUGGGAUUCCUGAGGCUCCUGUUGUUGUCAGGGACUUUGGUGCUAUGAUCUCGCCCGAGUCCUCGUCAUCGCGGUCACUGUCGCCCGAAGAGGCAGCCCACAAGGCCGACGUAGCUGCCUUCUACAACAUGCCUCCCCUCUCGCCCGUCCGACCAGCGACAUCAACGAAGAACGCGCCCGUACAGGUCUUCGUCAGCGCUCCUCCAUCGCCGCCGUCAUCGCCACCACAGUAUACUCAUACCGUCCCGUCCUCUCCCGUGCCCACCAAAACGACUCACCAGCCGCGUAACGAGAAGCGCAAACAAGACCAGGCUGUCGUGUCGACGAAUAUGUGGGACGCGCUGGCGACUGACGAUACCGGUGAUGCUGAUGACACCGCUUCUACUCCUGUUGCUGUUGACACCGAUGAUGAGCGUGAUGGCGAUAGCGACGUAGAGACCACUCCUGUCCCAGGGACGCAGAAAAAGAAGAACAGGAGGCGCGGAAAGAAGGGUGGGAAGAAAGUGCAGGCGAUGAAGCAGAAGGUGGAUCAGGCUGUGGAGGUUCCUGUUGUUGUUGCGCCUGUUCUCCAGCGGUCGGUGGCGAUGACGGCGAAGGUGGGGAAGAAGAUGGAGAUGUCGCAUGCGCUGGGUGUCGCGGCUAUUGUUAUGGUUCUUGUUGCGCUUUUGGGGGUACGGGUUAUUGGGUAG